GCGCCCUGCCCGCCAUGGCGGCGCCCGAGCCGCCGCCGCCGCCGCCCGAGGGCUCCAGGCCGCUGAGCGCGCUGCUGAGCGGCAUCGCCCAGGCCGCCUUCCACGGCACCGCGGGCAUCACCGAGGAGCUGCUGCGUGCCCAGCUCUACCCCGAGGCGCCGCCGGAGGAGUUCCGCGCUCUGCGCGCCAAGAUGGGCGGCCUCCUGCAGUCAAUUGCUUCGGCAGACAUGGAUUUGAAUCAGCUGGAAGCUUUCCUCACUGCCCAAACCAAAAAACAAGGUGGCAUCACAUCAGAUCAGGCUGCAGUCAUUGCAAAAUUUUGGAAGAACCACCGGACUCAAAUCCACGAGAGCCUGAUCAAUCAGAGCCGCUGGGAUAAUGUCCUGAAAAACAUGAACUGGAGAGUGGACCUGAAGUCACAGUUGAGGCACAUUGAUCAGAUAAACACUCCUGUUGCAAUAGUUGAAAUGGAGCUGGGAAAAAAUGGGCAGGAAUCAGAGUUUCUCUGCCUGGAGUUUGAUGAGGCCAAGGUGAGCCAGAUGCUGAAGAAACUGUCAGAAAUAGAGGAAAGUAUGACUUUGUUGACUCAGACUACUUAAUCAAAUAAAGAGAUUGCAACUUA